AUGAAUUUUCAUAGAUUCGGACACUGUGCGCAGUUUGCUGCUCGAGUUCGCAACCGGUUACCUCGAAGGUGUCUCAGAAAAAUAAUACGCAAUCUCGUGCCAGGCUUAUCUUACCCCCUUAUAGCCGGUUUUGUUGUCUCCAAUCAUGAACGCAGCCUGUUGCCGCACACUUCACCUUCUGCUUCCUCGGUGCUUACCCAUUGUCUGCAAUGGCAGGUGGAUGCAAAUUUGGGCAUCACUCAUCAAUUGUUCAGAGAUUAUGAAGCCGGUGUGAUGCUGGGGAGGAAAAUUGUAAACGAGCUAGAAUCGCUACUUGAGCUAUGCGGAACCGCAUCCAACCCUGAACUUGAAGAUCGUAUUGUGCAGCUGCGCUCAGACUGGAACGAAUUGCUGGAGCAGAUGCGUCGUAUUGAAAUCGCUUUACAGUCGGCGUUUAAGACGUUAUACUCUUCCGUAGAAACAACAUUUCUAUGUGAGCCUUUAAUUGAUUGUUCCAAUUCAAACCUGACUGAUCCGUCCCAAGGUGUGAACAUGUCAUCGCAGGCGUCCAUGCAAUUACACCUCAUUGAGUCAGAAUAUCACAGACUGAACGAGCUGCAUGCAACAUCUGUCCUUCGAUGGUCUGAACUGUUGAGUCAACAUAUGAAGAAGUGUAAAGAAGAAUCAUAG